ACUACAGCUCCCGGCGUGCCGCGGGGCGAGUCGCGCCGCGAGUGACGCCAUCAGGCGGCGCCCGGCCGGUGCGGAGGGAGCCCGGCGCCGGUGGCCGCCAUGAAGCCGCCGCUGCGGACGCGCCUGGCGCCGGCGCGCUACGUGACGGGCCCCGGGGCGGCGGCGGCGCCGGAGCCGCGGGCCGCCUGGUCGGCGCGGGAGAAGCAGGCGCUGCUCGCGGCCCUGCGCGAUCAGGCCGCGCUGGGCGCCGCCGAGCUGGAGCCGCGGCGGCUGCGGGAGCGGCUGCCCCGGCGGAGCGAGGCCGAGAUCGUGGCCGUCGUGGCGCAGCUGAGGGGCCGCGUGGCGCGCGAGGCCGUGCGCACCCACUACCGCCAGUGCCUGGAGGAGCAGCGCCGCCGCCGCGCCCAGCUCCCGGCCCCCAUCGAGCUGUGGACGGAGCUCGCCGAGAAGCUGGCGGAGCCGCUGGAGGAGGCCGCCGCGGCCGCUUUCUCCCAGGUGCUCACGGUGGCGGCGGCGGAGCCGCUGAGCCUGCUGCGCUCGGUGCCGCCGCGGCCCCCGGUGCCCCCCCCGGCCGCCAAGGAGCCCCCCCCGGCCGCCAAGGAGCCCCCCCCGGCCAACGAGCCCCCCCCGGCCGGCAAGGAGCCCCCCCGUUUCGCCGUGGACUUCGGGAAGGUCUACGAGUACCUGGCGCUGCUGGCGCGGGGCGGGGUGGCCCCCCCGCUCCCCCCCGGCGAGGCGGCGGUGCUGCUGGCCCUGCUGGCGUCGCUGCCGGCGGCGGCGGCCGCCCUGGACGGUGCCGGACUGCGGGGACACCUGCGCGAGGCCUACGGCGACCUCACGGCCCCCCGCCCGCCCCCCCCGGGCCCCCCCGCGCCCCCCCCCGCCGCCCCCGCCCCCCCCGGGCCCCCCUGGGCCGCCCUCGGCUUCUGCCCCCUCAACCUCUUCCUCCUCCCCCUGCGCCUGCUGGGCCGCCCCCCGUCCUGACCCCCCCAAUCCAAGGUGGGGGGGGGGGCAAAUCCCCCCCCCUCGGCACCGUGUGGGGGGGGGGGCCCAAAUCCCGCUUCCCAGCCCCGAAACCGCCCCCCCCCUGACGCCGCUUCCGGCCGGGGCCGCCGGGAAUAAACGCUUGGCUCCGC